GGUUCGGCGCCCCCCCCCCGCCCCCCGUUCGCGCUGCAGCUGCAGCCGUGCGGCCCCGGCGGCUUCGUGCCCGUGUACCCCGCGGCACAGACUUUUGGCUCCGCCCCCGCCGGCCCCGGCCCUUUGCCCGGCUCGGUGGGCGGGGCCGGGGGGGCUCCCCUGGGGCCCCCGCUGGGUCUGGGGGUGCCCGAGGGGCACCGGGGGUCCCUCCCCCACGAUUACCUGCCCAUCGCCGUGCUGACCACGCUCUGCUGCUUCUGGCCCACGGGCGUGGUGGCCAUCGUCAAGGCCGUGCAGGUGCGCACGGCGGUGGCGCGUGGCGACAUCGUGUCGGCCGAGAUCGCCUCGAGGGAGGCGCGGAACUUCUCCUUCAUCAGCCUGGCCGUGGGCAUCGCCGCCAUCGUGCUCUGCACCAUCCUCACCGUGGUCAUCAUCAUCGCCGCCCAGCACCAGGACAACGACUGGGACCCCUGAGACCCCUCCCCGAAAAAAAAACCCGCCCCAAAAA